UCGUCCGCCGCGGAGGGUCGCGCCCGCGCUGCCGGCCAGGCCGCCCCGUGCCCGGGCCUUUACGGUCCUCCGAGCGGAUCGUUGCCCGCCGGGCGCCCGCCCGCAGCGACCAGCGACAGCGCCCGCCGGAACCGAGGCCGCGGUGGCGGCCGUGCCCAUGACCGGGUACUCUCAGGGCAGCAGAGACAUUCUGUGUGCUAAGCCUUGACCUAGCGCCCAACUGGAUCUGUCCAUGCUCCCUGGACCCCUGUGCAGCCCUGGGCCUGAAACCUCCAGCCGCAGAGGCCACGCCGGAGGACCACUGCCACGGGGAUUUAUAGCAUGCCGGCUGCACACCGCAAGUCUUAAUCAGGUGUCUGUGCUUGGCCACUUCCCGGCUGCCAUCGCGUCCACCACACCUCAUUCAGGCCCCGGGACCUCAGGUGGCUGCCUGUCCCUAGCUGACGCCGCACCUGCGAGAACGCUCUCCCCUCCUGGGAAACAGGCAGGAUGGGUGACGUUGCCAACAGUUCCAUCGAGUUCCACCCCAAGCCACAGCAGUUGCGGGAGGCCCCCCAUGCAGGUGGCUUUGGGUGCACGCUGGCUGAGCUGCGCUCCCUCAUGGAGCUCCGAGGGGCCGAGGCGCUGCAGAAAGUCCAGGAAGCCUACGGGGAUGUCAGCGGGCUCUGCAGGAGGCUGAAGACCUCGCCCACAGAGGGCCUGGCCGACAACACCAACGACUUGGAGAAGCGCAGGCAGAUCUACGGGCAAAACUUCAUCCCUCCCAAGCAGCCCAAGACCUUCCUACAGCUGGUGUGGGAGGCCCUGCAGGAUGUGACCCUCAUCAUCCUGGAGGUGGCCGCCAUCGUAUCCCUGGGCCUCUCAUUCUAUGCGCCCCCUGGAGAGGAGAGCGAAGCGUGCGGGAACGUGUCAGCUGGGGCAGAAGACGAAGGGGAGGCCGAGGCUGGCUGGAUCGAAGGGGCCGCCAUCCUGCUGUCUGUCAUCUGUGUGGUCCUGGUCACGGCCUUCAACGACUGGAGCAAGGAGAAGCAGUUCCGGGGCCUGCAGAGCCGCAUCGAGCAGGAGCAGAAGUUCACCGUCAUCCGGAAUGGGCAGCUCCUCCAGGUCCCCGUGGCCGCGCUGGUGGUCGGGGACAUUGCCCAGGUCAAGUAUGGGGACCUGCUGCCUGCCGAUGGAGUGCUCAUCCAGGGCAACGACCUCAAGAUUGAUGAGAGCUCCCUGACGGGCGAGUCGGACCACGUGCGCAAGUCAGCGGACAAAGACCCCAUGCUGCUCUCGGGCACUCAUGUCAUGGAAGGCUCUGGAAGAAUGGUGGUGACAGCUGUUGGCGUGAACUCCCAGACAGGCAUCAUCUUUACCUUGCUUGGAGCUGGUGGAGAGGAGGAGGAGAAGAAGGAUAAGAAAGGCAAGCAACAGGAUGGGGCGAUGGAGAGUAGCCAGACCAAAGCUAAGAAGCAGGAUGGGGCCGUUGCCAUGGAAAUGCAGCCCCUGAAGAGCGCGGAAGGCGGGGAGAUGGAGGAGCGGGAGAAGAAGAAAGCCAGUGUGCCCAAGAAGGAGAAGUCAGUCCUUCAGGGAAAGCUCACCAAACUGGCCGUGCAGAUCGGGAAAGCAGGGCUGGUGAUGUCCGCCAUCACCGUCAUCAUCCUGGUCCUCUACUUUGUGAUCGAGACUUUCGUCGUGGACGGCCGGGUGUGGCUGGCAGAGUGCACGCCCGUCUACGUGCAGUACUUCGUCAAGUUCUUCAUCAUCGGGGUCACUGUGCUGGUUGUGGCUGUCCCAGAGGGCUUGCCUCUUGCUGUUACCAUCUCCUUAGCUUACUCUGUCAAGAAAAUGAUGAGGGACAACAACCUGGUCCGCCACCUGGACGCCUGCGAGACCAUGGGCAAUGCCACGGCCAUCUGCUCAGACAAGACAGGCACGCUCACCACCAACCGUAUGACCGUGGUCCAGUCCUACCUCGGAGACACCCACUACAAAGAGGUUCCGGCCCCCAGUGCCCUGACCCCCAAGAUCCUCGAUCUCCUGGUCCACGCCAUCUCUAUCAACAGUGCCUACACCACCAAGAUUCUACCUCCAGAGAAGGAGGGCGCCCUCCCACGCCAAGUGGGCAACAAGACGGAGUGCGCCCUGCUGGGCUUCGUCCUGGACCUGAAGCGGGACUUCCAGCCUGUGCGGGAGCAGAUUCCUGAAGAGAAGCUUUACAAGGUGUACACCUUCAACUCGGUCCGAAAGUCCAUGAGCACAGUCAUCCGCACACCUGACGGCGGCUUCCGCCUCUUCAGCAAGGGUGCCUCAGAGAUCCUGCUGAAAAAGUGCACCAACAUCUUGAACAGCAGUGGUGAACUGCGCGGAUUCCGCCCUCGGGACCGGGACGACAUGGUGAAGAAGAUCAUCGAGCCAAUGGCUUGUGAUGGCCUCCGCACCAUCUGCAUUGCCUACCGGGACUUCUUGGCCACCCAGGAGCCCGACUGGGACAAUGAAAACGAGGUGGUGGGCGACCUCACCUGCAUAGCUGUCGUGGGCAUCGAGGACCCUGUGCGGCCCGAGGUCCCAGAAGCUAUUCGCAAAUGCCAGCGUGCUGGCAUUACGGUCCGCAUGGUGACUGGGGAUAACAUCAACACAGCCCGGGCCAUUGCAGCCAAGUGCGGCAUCAUCCAGCCUGGGGAGGACUUCCUGUGCCUGGAGGGGAAGGAGUUCAACCGGCGGAUCCGGAACGAGAAAGGCGAGAUAGAGCAGGAGCGUCUGGACAAGGUGUGGCCCAAGCUGAGGGUCCUCGCCCGAUCGUCUCCCACUGACAAGCACACUCUGGUCAAAGGCAUCAUCGACAGCAGCACCGGCGAACAGCGGCAGGUGGUGGCCGUGACCGGGGACGGCACCAACGACGGGCCAGCCCUCAAGAAGGCGGACGUGGGCUUCGCCAUGGGCAUUGCAGGGACUGACGUGGCCAAGGAGGCUUCGGACAUCAUCCUGACCGAUGACAACUUCACCAGCAUCGUCAAGGCAGUCAUGUGGGGCCGCAACGUCUACGACAGCAUCUCCAAGUUCCUGCAGUUCCAGCUGACUGUCAAUGUGGUGGCCGUGAUUGUGGCUUUCACAGGCGCCUGCAUUACUCAGGACUCUCCUCUCAAAGCCGUGCAGAUGCUGUGGGUGAACUUGAUCAUGGACACGUUCGCCUCUCUGGCCCUGGCCACCGAGCCGCCCACUGAGUCGCUGCUGCUUCGGAAGCCAUACGGCCGGGACAAGCCCCUGAUCUCACGCACCAUGAUGAAGAAUAUUCUGGGCCACGCAGUCUACCAGCUCAGCAUCAUCUUCACGCUGCUCUUCGUCGGGGAGCUCUUCUUUGACAUCGACAGCGGGAGGAACGCGCCGCUGCACUCUCCACCCUCCGAGCACUACACCAUCAUCUUCAACACGUUCGUCAUGAUGCAGCUCUUCAACGAGAUCAAUGCCCGCAAGAUCCACGGCGAGCGCAACGUCUUCGACGGCAUCUUCAGCAACCCCAUCUUCUGCACCAUCGUGCUGGGCACCUUCGCCAUCCAGAUCGUCAUCGUCCAGUUUGGCGGAAAGCCCUUCAGCUGCUCCCCUCUGUCUACGGAGCAGUGGCUCUGGUGCCUGUUUGUUGGUGUUGGGGAGCUGGUCUGGGGACAGGUCAUCGCCACCAUCCCCACCAGCCAGCUCAAGUGCCUGAAGGAAGCUGGACACGGGCCCGGACAGGACGAGAUGACGGACGAGGAGCUGGCGGAGGGCGAGGAAGAGAUCGACCACGCCGAGCGCGAGCUCCGCAGAGGCCAGAUCCUCUGGUUCCGGGGCCUCAACAGGAUCCAGACGCAGAUGGAGGUAGUGAGUACCUUCAAGAGAAGCGGUUCAUUUCAGGGUGCCGUGCGCCGGCGGUCUUCGGUCCUCAGCCAGCUCCAUGACAUCCGGGUGGUGAAAGCAUUCCGUAGCUCGCUCUAUGAAGGCCUGGAGAAACCGGAAUCCAAGACCUCCAUCCAUAACUUCAUGGUGACGCCCGAGUUUCUGAUCAAUGACUACACCCACAACAUCCCCCUCAUCGAUGACACGGACGUGGACGAGAACGAGGAGCGCCUGCGGGCCCCCCCGCCCCCCUCCCCCAACCAGAACAACAACGCCAACGCCAUAGACAGCGGCAUCUACCUGACCGCGCACGCCACCAAGUCAGCUACCUCGUCAGUGUUCUCCUCCGGCCCCGGGAGCCCGCUGCACAGCGUGGAGACGUCCCUCUGAGCAGAACUGCCCUCGGCGCGCGCGCACCCACACACGCGCGCACUCGGCCGGCGGCACCAGCCUGCGAGGAGCGCCCGCCAGGCAGCUGGAGACCUUGCUCGAUGGCACUUGCGAGAAGCCUAUCCUUUCUAGGCUUCUUACCCAGGACGGAGGAGGAGGAGGUGGAGGGAGAGACCAGAGAGCAAGAAGAGUGGUGUCCCCCCCACUUUUUCUAUCGAAGCUUUUUUUUUUUAGUGAACACUGUAAUCGCACCAGAUGUUCACCGUUUGGGCUGUGCAAUGAGGCAGGGGCUGGUUUUGAUUUAUUGGGAGGAGGUUCGUGGCACCCUCUGCGGAGCCAUUGGAGCACCAGAUUCACACAAAAAGAGAAAAGGCGAGCAGCCCCACUCUGCAGGGCCAGGAGUAUUCUCUGCCCGGACAGCCCCCCGUGGGAGCCGCCUGCAAACACAACCGCGUCGCCCAGCACCCCAGCCCCAGGACACGUGCUGCCAGUCUGCGUGUGCGUGUGUGCAUAGGCACGUGUGUGUGCGUCUAGACAUAUACGUGCAUAUAGGACCAGAUGCAUCUUUAAAGAAUAAGGAACUAUUUAUCGGCAUGAUAUCUCCAUUUUUCUUAUCAGGUGUUUUCAUUUUGAAAUUUCAUUAUUUAUUGUGGCAGGGGUUUUU